AUGAGCGAAGGUGAAGGUGAUGAGGAGCUGCAGCGUUGGUACUUCAACAUCAAACGACGCUUCUGUUCGCCUUUCGUUUAUCGGGGGCUUAAGGGCAACGAGAACAACUUUGUCACCAAACGACUCUGUGAACGAGCUUGCGAAUCAGAAUCGCUCAGCUGUUCGGAUGGCAUCGAACCGUUGCGCAUAAAUGGGCGUAUAAUGCGCUGUACAAAUGUAUCAUGUCCGGAAACACACUACUGUCAUGUCGGCGAUAAUCAACAGUCCACCGUAUGCUGCAAGCGUCAAGGUUAG